CCCCGGGGGCCUCUUCCCCCCAAUAGGGCUCCCCCCAAAAAUCCAGCCCCCCACCUCUCCAUCCCUUCCCCUUCGUGUGACAUCAGUAUGGGCCCCUAACCAGUAUGCCCCACCCCAUGUUCCCUAUCCAGUUCUCCGUGACAUCAAUAGGGGCCCCUAUAGCUGUGUUGGUGUCACCCCAAUACGGGCCCCCCGGAAACCCAGCUCCCUCCAGACCCCCUGUCCCCUCCUAUGUGGGGGACACUCCUAUCAGCCCCCAUAGGAAGGUGGGUGUCACCCCAAUAUGGGCCCCCCAGAAAACCCAGACCCUCCCUUGCCCUUUCUGUGCGUGCGGUAUCAGCAUGAGUGACCCCGAUGCAGCUUGGUGUCCCCCCAAAAUGGGUGCGCCUAGAAAACCCAGCCCCUUCAUCCCCAUGCUCCCCGCCGCCUCCGAUGCACGUGACACCUAUGCGGGGCCCCUGUGCCCAUUGGUGUCACCCCAGUAAGGGUCCCCGUGGGCCGAGGGGAGGCUUUCUGAGGUUGCGCUCGCCUCUGGGGUGGGAUCUGUUAACACCCAACCGGCCUGGACUUUGCUCCCAGCCCCUCCCUGGACCCUCCCCCUGCCUGGAAGCUUCGCUCCGGCCUCUCGGCCCGGCUGGGGUCCCUGCCAGGCCAUGGCAUCGCCCCCGGUCCCUGCCCACCUGCUGCCGCCCCCCCGCCUCUGCCAGCUGGCCCGCGAUUGGCUCUUGGAGGAUGCCCCAACCUUCGAUCCCGCCGGGGCAGCCCUGGGUGACCGCCCGGUGACCGCCCAGAUCAUGGCUAAGUCCCCGGGGGUCCUGGCAGGGGGGCCCUUCGUGGAUGCCAUCUUCGCCCAGCUGGGCUGUGCCGUGCAGUGGGCGGAGCCCGAGGGGGCGUGGCUAACACCGGUGGCAGGUGUGGCCUGGGUGAGGGGCGGGGCCCAGGCUGUGCUGGCAGGGGAGCGGGCAGCCCUCAACUGCCUGGGCCGGGUCAGCGGGGUGGCCACGGCCGCAGCCCGGGCUUGCCGCCAGGCCCGAGAGGCAGGCUGGGCCGGGGUGGGCGUGGCCGGCACACGCAAGACCACGCCAGGCUUCCGAUUGGCCGAGAAGUACGGGCUGGUGGUGGGCGGGGCCGACCCCCACCGCCUCGACCUGGGCGGCCUGGUCAUGAUCAAGGACAACCACGUGGACGCUGCCGGGGGCGUGGCCCAGGCCGUCCAGGCCGUCCGGCGGGUGAGCAGCUUCAGCCAGAAGCUGGAGGUCGAGUGCCGCAGCCUGCAGGAGGCGCUGGAGGCUGCCGAGGCGGGAGCAGACAUCGUCAUGCUGGACAACUUCGCCCCCGAGACAAAGCUGCAUUGGAGCGUCCCUGUUAUCCCCAGCCCACCCCAGAGCCAGCUGCAUUGAGGGGGGGCGUCUCGUAUACUCAGCGCCUGCCCCACACCAGAGCCAGGUGCAUUGUGGGAACCACUAGACCCACCUCAGAGCCAGCUGCAUGCUGGGGUCCCCAUUAUACCCAGCCCCUGCUUCACCCCAGAGCCAGCCGCAUGGGGGUUUGGAGUGUCUCUGUUAUACCCAGCCUUGUUCUACCCCAGAGCCAGAUGCAUUGUGGGAUCUACUGCACUCACCCCAGAGCUGGCUGCAUCCUGGGAUCCCUGUUAUCCCUAACCCCACCCCACAGCCAGCUGCAUUGCAUGGGCCCCAGAGCCCGUGCCUCACCCCAGAGCCAGAUGCAUUGUGGGAACCAUUAUACCAACCCCAGAGCCAGCUGCAUCCUCAGGUCCCCGUUACACCCAGCCCCCACCCCUGAAGCCAGCUGCAUCUGGGUGUCCCUGUUAUCCCCAACCCUUGAUGCAUCCCACCCCAGAGCCAGCUGCAUCCAUGCCUCUGUUACACCCAGUCCCCGCUCCACCUCAGAGCCAGAUGCACUGUGGGAACCUUUAUACCCACCCCAGAGCCAGCCACAUCCAGGCCUCUGUUAUACCAAGCCCCUGCCCCAGCCCAGACCCAGCCGCAUGGUGGGAUCUGUGACCCCCACCCCAGAGCCAGGCACAUCGGUAGGGGCCUGAGCCACCUCCCCCCUCCCU